GGUUUGGAAUCAUGGCGUCUUCAGAGGAGAGAGGCACCAUGUUCUCUCUGAAUGUCAAAUUAUCAGCUUCUCCUAAAGAGUUUAUUCCUCUAAGGAUGCGUAUGAAAAUCUUUAAACAUAUAGAAUCGCAACUUCCGCUGUAUCAAAAGCAUAUGCACGCAGAAGAGAAUGACUUCUUUGACGUGAACGGCAUGGAAGAAGAACCAAAAUAUUGCAUGAAGUUGAAGUUCUCAGUAUUUGAUGAAGAGGGUUUAAGUAGAUUCUUCGAAUAUUCUAGAAUUUCGCUGGAAGACGGAAAGAGCCGUUUGUCAAAUAGCCUUACAUCUUUUUUUCAUCAACAAAAUUUACAACUUGAAUUUGAAUUUGGAUCAAAAACAAAAAUCAACAUUUUGGUGGGUAUGAGCGAAGAAGAAAGAAUGAUGGUUGCUGAUAAAUUAGCGGAACAAGAAGAGACGACACACAGUGAAGAGAGGAGCAUUGGCAAGUCCAGAAAUGAAGUAUCGCAUUCGUCAAACAUGCAAUCUCCACAGGACAAGCGCGUGAGGAUGACAUUCAUUAUAGAUGUACCGGAAGACAAGGACGUCACCUCCGUUAAGAUUAAAUGUCGUUCUAUAGAGGCGUUGAAUUGUGAAAUGUAUAGAAAUGAGAGAAGUAGAUCUAUAUAUUCAGCAGAUAUUGAAUUACCAGCGCAAUAUGACCCAGAUGCUGACUACUCAUAUGAAAUAUCUUUCAAAAACUCAGUCUUCUAUUUAGUAAAAUGGACGUCGAUAGUUACAUCAUCUGAGCUCAAACUACAAAAUAAAACUGUUCAUCGCGAUAUUCUGUCGGAUAAAGAUAGCAUAGUCUUACAUUUGCUUGAUUUAGUGCACUCUGUUUCUGAACGAUACAGUGAAACUGAAUUAUGCAUGCAGAUUGAAGAUAUCUGUAGGCAAGGGUGUAAUUAUGAUGGAGACGUAGAACGUAUACUAAGGGCCUUGCUAAAGGGUGGUGUACUACACUCACACAAGUGCCUCAUUCGAUUUGCAUUGGUUGUAGGAAAACUUUGUCAGUUUGAUACAGGGUCCAUUUACAAGACAAUAGAUUCGACCAUUGCUCAGGAAAUUCUUAAUGCGUUGUCACAGGAACGCCUUGCUGACUUUCCAACUUCUUGCUCUGACUAUAUGCCAGCGCUUUGCAAACACCUGUUUGAAAUAAGUUAUAAAAAGGACUUUUGUGUACUGGAAUUUUUAAAGCAUGCAUUCCCUUUUCUGGGCGAAGAUUUGGUACUAUUGGCGCUUCAAGACUACGUCUCUAAUCAUGAAAAGUUUGUUAAUGACAAUCCGUACUGCAACAAACUCGCAAAUGAUUUAUGUAGGUCAUUCUAUAUGGAAUUUAUUGGAACAGGAAGUCAAGCUUUCAAAGAAAUUAUUGAGUAUUUAUUUCGACAUCUACCUUUAGAAAUGACAUUACAAUCUUAUGGGCAACUUAUCAAACUUCCGGAAUAUGAGACUGAUGAGAUUAUACAAAGAGAAGAGGAUGCUCAUAUAGCAAUUACUGCAAGUAUCAAGUCUCAGAUAUUGUACUCUUGCAAAACAGCAGUAAAAGAGAAGAAAGUGAUAUCACUGUUAAAGCUAGCUAGUGCCAUAGGAAAGUUUGAAAGACUUUGCAACGACAAAAUCAUUCGAACCAAUAUCGAAGAAGGAGUGAUGACUUGUUUUUCAUCUCACAGUCUUAAAGAAACAACGGAACUUGAGCAGGAAGUACAGGCAUUUCUACAAAUGUCUGCGUGCUUUUUGGAGUUAGAAUCGCAACUGUUGCUGUUGACAUGUAUAUCUGAUUCCACAAAUAGCGCUGUUCGAAGAUUAUUUAUAGUGUUAAACAGAGAGCACUUUUUUGACGAAGCCUAUGGCUGUCUAGAUAUUGACGUGUAUAAAUCUUGGCUGCUGAACGAAAUUAAGACUCAUCAAACACAGAACGAAGACGAGCUCCUAUAUACUUUCAGAACUUUGUGUGAAAUGCUGAAGCUGCCUAUUAUGUCCGAAAGAGCAGAAAUUACAAAAGAACUUGAACUUGUGACUAUGAAUUUCCUAAAACGGUACACUUUGAAGGAGAUGCUGUAUCAUAUAGAAAAGAUUGAGCACCUCUGUGGCAAUGAAACAGCCGUUUCAUAUUUGUAUAAGGAACAAGUUAAGGGGCGUUUAAAGAACAAAGGUUAUACACCAACUGAAGUAUUGGGGUGGUUCUGCCCCAAUGGAUCUUUGAGAGUAAACUCAAAGACAACUGGCGAUAUUGUGUGCACUGUAAUUGACUUGUUUUUCGAGAACUCUGCACAAGACACACUAUUUGAUAGCUUCAUCAGUCAGAUUCCCCAUGUUGCCUUCUGGCAACUUAUCGUUGAUGGUGAAGGCUCGCGGUUACAAGAUGUAAAAAACAAUGCGACAUACAAACAGGUAAUAUUUUGUGUCAAACAAGUAGCUUUUUUACUGAAAAAUGGUGAGGUAGACAUUAGUUUUAUGUCAAAACUCAAUGUAAAGGACGAGAAUACAAAAAGAACUCUGAUAUUAGGAGGAAUGCAAAAGAAAGAUAUUGAAGCUAUGCAGACCAGCUUCAAGAAAGUGGUUGAAAAAGUGACUCAGGAUAUAAAAAAUGUCAUAGCAGUUCUCGAAGAAGUGCAAAUUAGAAGGUCAAAUACAAUGAUUCCGAAACUAUCAGCUUUACUAGAAAAUACCAAGUUGAUGAAAGCAAAGAUAGAAAGCGGCAGCCUGUCAGUAAAGGAAUCCAGUUCUGUAGGAUGGCUUUGGGGUGAUCUUGGCGACUUACCAGAAAUAUGCCGUGUCUUGCAUCCGGUAAUAAAAUCAAACGUUUUCUGGAAUGUGUCAAGAAAAGCUGUUUUGGCAUCUUUUUUAAGUUCUCUUCAGUCUGGGACAACUUUGGAUGGUCUCGUUUCAAUUCGAUAUCUUUUUGAUGCUGACACCGAUGACAACGACGUUCAGGAAAUUAGGCACGCGGAACAGAUUGUUCGUUUUUUGAAAAUCCUAAAGACGGAAGGCAUUGAGUUGUUCGAGAAACACUGGACAUAUUUAGAGACUGACAAUACUAUACCGAUGCAAUAUGUACUGGAAAUGUUUGAAAAUGCAAAAAUUCCUGACGAAAUCAAAAUUGCAGACACGUUCUUGCAGCGGCGUAUCAAAAACACUGUGAAAGAAACACUCUCUCAACUUUGGAGGAAAAACGAGGUUUUGAAAACAGCACAAGCUAUGACAUCUGUACUUGAAGUAUUCGGUUAUGAUAUUUCUAAGGAUAAUGAAGUUCAUUUAGCUCUUAAAUCGUUCGAAGAAGUGACCCAGCAAAAUAUUUCUGAUUGUACUUUGCUCGACGUCCAAAAAGCACUACAAACGGUUUUUUCUUUGGCGGAUGCGUUGACUGGAGAAACUGUUUACAUUAUGACAGAAAUAGGAAAAUCAUCUCUACUCAUAAAGUUCCUGAAACAGAUUGCAAUCGAAGAUGUUCGAAAUUUGAUUGACGCGGUGGAAGAUAUAUUUGAGUCUCAUGUUCAAGAGUCAACUGUUUCUGCACUUAUUGAAGCCAAACGUUUUUUGCAACCUCUACUACUUACGUCAGCAACUUUACAAGAGAAAGGCAGUCGUUGGAUAUUCAAGACGUUGCAGAAACAAACAAAUUCACUAGGGGAAAAUGCAGGCAGUUUACCAGGCAAAAUAAGUGAUUGUUUUCUUAAUUUGAAUAACCUAAAAUCACUUUAUAACAAUGUUGCGAAUCGAGGUCAACAGACAAAAGAAGUAAUUAAGAACAUCAUAACAAAAGGAAGGUUCGUAUUUAUGCUAUGUACUGAACAAGAUCGCGUGAUGUUUGAAGUUUCAUAUAAAGAAAACAAGAAUAGAUUUUCAAAACAGGAGGCAACUAUAUCAGAUAUUCGAAGUCGAGCUCUUCUAUUACUGAACUCGGAACGGCAGUGUACUGAAAGCACUUUAAAUCAGGUGGAUUUCAGAAGAUUUAUAGAAUCUGUAGAUUUAUGUUUAGAGAUACGAGAUUUACUCAAUAACCUAUUUUCCUCCGGUCAUAUCAGAUACAAGUCCUUUAAACUAAGUUUACAGUCAGAGCAGCUCCAGCAAACGAAAGACAGGCUUAAAGGUGAAUUAGAUGAUUGGAUGAUUAGCAUUCAUCAUGCUAGAAACAAAUACUAUUUGAUGAAUUUUAUUCAAGGCUGUCAGAUUCGUGUUAUAUCAGAUUUUCUGGAAAAGGGGUCUGGCAGAGAUGUAGUAGAGGCUGUACUCAAAUACAUCCAUCCUAAUCUAAAUGUCCUGACACUAUCGGCAACCUUCCGAAAAGAUAUGUGUCUCUUAAAUGAAAGUUUGAUGCUCGAUGAAUUAGGCAGAUCUCUCCAUGAAAUGUAUGCUAACUCCAACCGUUUCAUGAAAAAUAUGAAAUGUGAAGAUUACACAACGAAGAUGACUAAAUGUGUCAACAAAGGCAAGGUUCUGGUCGCCCAGUUAGAUGAAAAGAGUGGUUUUGUUAUAAGGACCGUUCUUGCUUUGUACAGAAAUACUACACAGCAGUUUCCUGAGCCAAAUCAGUUAUUGUUUUGCACUAAAGAUACAACGUGGGAUGAAAUAAACUUACUGCUUCAGAGGUGCAAAGGUUCGUAUUGUUUUUAUGAGUCAUUGCCUUUGUAUUGUUUGGCAAACGUUGAACUGCUGCCAAAUGAAGUCCAGUUUAGAUUAGUUGAAGAAUUGCAGACGCUUAGAGGUCGUUCAGACUUCCUUUUUGCGAUAGUAUGUCGCGGCUCAAAAAAUCAUCCUUUUAUGGAUCAGCUAAAUGACAAUGUAGUGACAGUUCAACCAGUAUCCAAUCAGGCAAUUGAAAAUUUAUUUCAUGCUCAUCAUCCGAACGUAUUUACCUUUACAUCAGAAGUGGCUGGCCUAGGAAAAUCGACACAUAUUUGCCGAAAGUCUGCAUAUGCUGGUCGCAGUACUGUUACACUUCAUAUUAGCGGACAGGUUAGAAAGAGCACUCUGAUAGCAAAUUUGAAUGAGCUAAAUGUACGUGACUUCCAUACUUUACACCUCGAUAUCGGGGUAGUCGACGAACCAGGUGAACUGGACACAUUCCUUUUUGAGUUAGUGGUAUUGAAAUUUGUUGCAUCGGGGAAGUUAGCAUUUAGCAUGCCGACAGAACAUAUCUACUUUGAGAUAAGCAACACAAUUAAUAACGUAUUACGAAAUAAUUUGACGACAGUAACGUCUUUUAAAAGGGAACAUUUACUUUGGAAUGACUUCUCCGACUUCAUCUGUAGUCAAGAAAUUAACAGCCACGUACAGGUUGUUUGUCAUUACUUGCAAGCACUCAUGAAAGGUAGGGUCGAUAAUGAGGAGUUGUGUUUUUCUGGUAAAAAGGCUUUAAAACCUUUAACUGCGGGAGAGUGUAGAACUCUUCUGAAGACACAUUUAAAUAUAGCAUCAAAUAUAUCUUUUGCAAUAGUCCACAUAUUCCUUAACGUUUUAUCCGACCAGUUGAAAAAACUGUCAUAUAGUGCCUUUUUUAAGGUGUCUCGUAUUUCUGAAAUGAUCGGGAAGUCCACCGUUCCUACUGUCAGAAGUAGCUUAGUGAAAGCAAUGAUCGAUGUGUCUAUGGAAUUUGCAGCUAGGUCUGUAAAUGCAUGUAGAUCAACACAAAGCUCAACAUUAGAAAGUGAUAUAAUUGGGGGAGCCAAUGACAAAGUAGAUGACGAUUUAGUAGGUAAAAUAAUAAAACGAGCCGAUGGCAUGAUACGAUGGGAAGAAAGCAAUCACUUAAUUUAUGUCUUCCAUAAUCAAAACAUACACACGCUCUCACCAAUGUACCGUGAUAAGGAUAAAGUCCCUGAUCAUAUUCGAGAACUUUUUGAAAGACAAAUAAAGAGAACACUCCCAGAUUUUAGCGCAAUGAAUCAGGUUGAACUACAAAAUAUGCUACAGAGAGUUGCGCGAACAAAUCCAACUUCACUUCAGGAGGAAAAGUUACGUGAUAUGUCGAAGGACUAUGCUCUUACCCCUGACAAUCUCUUGAAAAUGGUUUUGAUAAUGAUGCGAGUACAGUCCAAGGUACCUAUUUUGAUAAUGGGGGAAACUGGUUGUGGUAAAACAUCUCUGAUAAGGUAUCUGGCGUGCAUUUGUGAAGUUCCUUUUAGAGUGAUAAAUAUACAUGCCGGUUUGUACAAAAAGGAAAUAGUCGAUAUCGUAAUGGAAGAGAAUGAAAAAAGCUUAAAUAAUGUUGGUACUCAAAGAUGGUUGUUCCUGGAUGAAAUUAAUACGUCCGAGAACAUAGGAUUGAUAUGUGACAUAAUUUGUCAUCAUAGAUGCAUCACAUCAAUAUUGUCACCAAACUUAGUCAUAAUGGGUGCAUGUAAUCCAUAUAAGUUGAGGACAGUAGAGGCAAUUCAUACUGCUGGGCUUACAGGUAAAGUAAAAACAGAUGAAUUGUCAAAACUAGUUUAUAGAGUUCUUCCAUUGCCAGAAAUGAUGGUGGACUACGUAUGGGACUUCGGUAGUCUAAACGAGAACGACGAAUUGAAGUAUAUACAAAGAAUGGUAGAAGGCGUUUUUGAAAACGGAUCCAGGGAACAUGUCUUAUUUAGCGAUCUCCUAUCCAUUUCACAGACGUUCGUCCGUAAAACAGAAUUGUCGACCUGCGUUGUUAGUUUACGAGAUGUACAAAGGUGUAAGACACUUGUGCAUUGGUUUAUGACAAUUUUGAAAAUCAAAAGUAUAAAGGAGAACUUUCGGUACCCCUUACAGCUAGAUAUAGGAGUUAAAGCUAUCAUUUUAGCUCUUGCGCACUGCUAUCAUAGUCGAUUUAGUAACAAGUCAGUGAGGUCGAACUACCGUAGAGAAUUGCUUGAAGGUUUUGAAAGAAACAAAUUUACCUGUAUAUCAAAGGAGACGGAUAUCCACGAUAUUAUCAUAGAGGAACAAAAGGACAUUUUGGACAGAAUGGAUUUACCACAUGGUACAGCGAAGAAUACUGCUCUUCAGGAAAAUGUAUUUGUCAUACUGGUGUGCAUAUUAAACAAGAUACCAGUAUUUGUGGUUGGUAAACCGGGAUGUAGCAAAUCAUUAGCAAUGCAAGUUAUCAGAAGUAACCUGAGAGGGAAGGAUUCUAGGGAUGAGUUUUUUAAAAGAUUGCCGCAAUUAUACUGUGUGUCUUUCCAGGGGUCAGAAUCAUCGACUUCUGAUGGAAUCAUCAAAGUCUUCGAGAAGGCUGAAAACUACCAAAAGUCGAGUAGCAAAGAUUCUGUAUUGUCAGUUGUGAUCCUAGAUGAAAUAGGUCUCGCAGAAAUUUCACGAUUUAAUCCCUUGAAAGUGUUGCAUAAUCUCCUUGAAUCGGAAGGAAGAAGUCAACCGAAUGUAGCUGUUGUAGGUAUUUCCAACUGGGCAUUAGAUGCAUCUAAAAUGAACAGAGCUGUGCAUUUGUCUCGACCUGAUAUGGACGAAGAAGAAUUAUUCGGAACAGCCAUGUCAAUAAGUAACUCAUUAAUAGAAAGCAUACAAGUUCAUGAAGGCUUCACAUGGAUUGAAAAGACGAAGAGGAAUACACUUUCCCUGGAAGAUAUAGAGGAAGAAUUACGGCUUGUAGUCAAGUCUUACAUAGCAUACACAAAAAAGCUUCAAUUCAAAAAUUUUCAUGGGCUGAGAGACUUUUACUCUCUUGUAAAAUUCAUCGCUAGAAAACUUGCAGAGGAUUACAAGAGCCUUACUUCUCAAAAGAAGUCAGCUGUUAUCAUCGAAGGACUUCUAAGAAAUUUUGGUGGUUUGAAGUCGGGUCGACAACUUUUGUUUGAUCAUUUUACGGACUGUUUUCAGAAUACCGCUGAGGUAAGAUUCACUUCCGUUGAGCUUAUUGGAAGUAACAUAGGCGACAAGAUAGCGAGGCAUCUUAUGAUUAUCACAGAAGGCGAGUCUGUCCUAGGGAUUUUAGAACAGAAUCUGAGAGACACAGGUAGAGGAAGGAAAGAAAUCAUAUUUGGUAGUCAGUUUGAAGAGGAUCUAACAGACGAUUACAAUUACAGGAUUCUAAGUAGAAUCAUUCUGUGUAUGGAACAAGGAAUUGUUCUUGUGUUGAAAGACUUAGAGAAUAUUUAUGGUAGCCUGUAUGAUAUGUUGAAUCAAAAUUACACUAGGAUAGGAAAGAAAAACAACUGCAGAGUUGCGCUUGGUCCGUACAGUAAUCCAUUUUGUCAUGUUGAAGAUACUUUUCGCUGCAUUGUGUUAGUUGAUGAAAGCAAAGUUGAUUAUACAGACCCACCUUUCCUUAAUCGGUUUGAAAAGCAGAUUCUUUCCUUCGCAGAUGUUAUGGAUUAUGAGGAAUCAAAUCUUGUUAGCGAAUUGGAAAAAUGGAUUGAAAGUAUUACAACGAUUGAGGGAAAACCAUUUUCAAAAUGCAAUGCAUUGCCUUAUUAUAAGGAGGAACUGAUCAUUUCACUUGUUUUGUUUUUCAAGAGAAAAACUGUUCAGUCGGAUAUCGGUUUACUACUAGAAAAAUGCAAAACCGAAUUAUUGUGGAUGUUGAGACCAGAGGUUAUUGUUCGGUUGUCACAUGUUGAUAAUACCACUGUACGACAUUCGAGUGAACAGAUGAAAAACAUUUAUUUCCAGCUGCCUCUGCAUGGCGGUCUUAGAAAUUUGAUAAAAUAUCAGAUAAAUGAGGACAAACAUGAACAAAUGACAGUAGUAUUUACCAGCAGUAACAUUCACACGAAAAUCGCUUAUGAACUGAACAGUUGGCGUUAUCAGUCGGAAAGACUCGGUGCUUUCAAAUCAGAAAAGCAAUUAUCCAUAAAACUAGAACAGUUUUGGGAUAACCCAGACAUGCAGAUAUUGCUAGUGCACUGCAGUGCACGAGAGGAUGACAAGCAUAUCAUGUUGACAAAGUCAUUGAUUGAAAAAUACAGCAGUGAGUAUUUGGAAAAAUCUGAUCGAGCAUGUUUCAAGUUAGUAUAUCUUAUUGUUCAUUUAGGCUGUAGAGAUUCGCAACUGAACGACGAGUCGACAAGAUCGUUGUCACAGAUGAAUUAUUUGUCGGGAUGGAAGUUGCUUCUGUUGGAAAAUCUUGAAUGUCCAAAGACAUCACUUCCGGUUUUCUGCUCGAAGUCACUGCUGGACACAAUAGAAGACAUGCUACCAUUGACUGAUGUUUUGAAAGAGGAACUGUUCUGGGCAUUUACGAGGAUUCAGUACGGAGUUCACGGACGUGAUGCCGAGAGUAUAAAUAAUGUUAUUGAUAAGGUAAACAACUCUGACGACUUCUUACGAUACUUGGGUGAAAUGAUCUGGUCAUACAUACGAGAUUCGAGUAAUGGUCAGAAUGAUGCUGACUGGUUUGUCCGUGUUGCAUGUGACACACACGCCUUGAAUACAUCUGCUUUUCUUAUAGAUGCACUAGAACAUCAGAUUAGGUGUGUAAUAAAAAUCACAUUGGCAAAGAUUAUCUUUAAACUGGAACAUAUAGGUGCUAUUGAUAGCUACUUUGUAGAAGAUGGAAAUUCCAUAGAGAGAAAAACAGUCUGGUAUGCUAACAUGAAAAAUGAAAAAAUAUUUUCAUAUCAUAUUGAAGGCAAACCAAUAAAGGACGCUACUGGACCUGAAUGUUACCAGUGUGACACACCUGAUCUUGCUUUGAAAUUACCGUUCAGUCGUAUUAUAUUUGAAAAGAUUGAAGAAACGAAAGACUUAUUUACAGAUGAGGUAUCGCGUUCUAAACUUAAAUGUGAUUUGGACACUGACGACAACCUGCCAGAAGAAAUAAUGGGCGAAAUUAUCUUGCAGCAAGAGAGCUUCAUACUGAAGAGGCUAUCAGAUAUUCUUGAAUUUGAUGACACUUUUGAGAUGUUAAACAGUGACUACGUGAUUGAUUUUUGCAAUUUGUAUUCUUACACCUUGUCAUCAGUCCUUGACCGAGAUACAAGAAUUGAAUAUAUGAUAUGGAUAAUAGAACAGAAGACAAAUCUAGAUUGUACAGAUAGUUUACGUCUGUUAACGAGUAUUCAUUGCACAUGUUGGUCACAUAUGCCAGUUUUUGGAUCUGUAAUUCAACUUUUAGAGCUGUGUGCAAAUGUUUUCAUUGGGGAAAGCUCAAACGUUUUGACACUGUUCAAGCAAGCUAUUAAGAACAAUACUAGUUUUGGGUCGGCAGAGUUAGGAUCCAAUGAUUCACAAAAGGAAAGUGAGCUGCUUAGUGACUCAAAUUCUAGUGUACUGCAAAGCAACGAUGGAUUAAAAAGGGAAAAGCAAAAUGAUAGUAUGGCUACUGCUAGUUUCGACAAAAUGAAAUAUGUCGAUGAAGAAUUGAAACAAAAACACAUUGCAAGUAGUAACGCUACUGAUGUUGAGUAUUUGUACGAACAUAAAGAAAAUGCAGAUGAAUUGAAAAGGAAUUCUGGAUACAAUGUAGAAAACAACGAUUUUUGUCGGUCUGAAACAAAUGGAAUGUCUGCACAAGAAAGCUUUGAAACAUUCCAGAACAAAACUUUAACAGAAAAUGAACAAUCUAACAUUGAAAACUUCACACAAGACCAUCGAUAUAUACCGUUAGACAAUACAUGCAAAAAUGAGCAUUUAAAAUGUGAAUCAGAAACAAAUACACCUCCAAAAGAUCAUGUGGUAAUAAUGUUUACUUGGUCUGGUGAUUCAAUUCAAGACCUUGUUUCGUUUGUUUGUUCCAGAAUGAUUCCAACGACAGCUAAUUUUAGUCAAUUUACUGGAUUAAAACACUGGCAAAUAGCAGUAAGAAACAUUUUGAUAGUUGCAGCUGAAGUAUCAACAGAUUCUGAAGCUCUUCAUGCAUUAAGACUAUGUAAUGAUAUUGCCACAGAUCUAGUAAUGCCAUAUGAUUUGAAUAUUACAUCAUUGCAAAAUGUGGGGAACAGCUUGCUAUCGAGCAGUGUUGACUCUUAUGAAGUAUUCUUGGGCGUACUAAAUAUGUUCCGCCAUGUUCAAUGCGCAGAGUCUUCUGCCAAUGUUCAGAGAAUAAUUAGUCAGUUUUUGAUUAGAUGUUUGUCUGUCAACACCGAUACUACGGCCUACACCUAUAUGUUAAAUGCCAUACUAGAAAGUAGUAUACCCGAAGACAACUUGCAACUUUUAAAAGCCCCAUUAAAUUUCAUAUUGCAACAGGAACUUGGCGAAAAAAAUAACUUAUUUAGAGAGGUGCUUGUAGAUAGUAAUGAAAAUGACAACCUUGUACGAGAAUCAGGUGACUUUUUAAGCGCUUUAGAUAGCUGUGUACAUACUCUUUUUAUACAAGGCCGGAUUGAAAGUCCAUUUGUACUUCUCAUUGUUGACUUACUACAAGAAAUGUUUGACACAGAUGACGAAAGAGAAAAAUCCUACGACUUAAUACUUACGUCUGGUAAAGUACUUCAGGAUAACUAUAUUGGCUUAGCAUUCAUCGCUGCAGUUGCGUAUUUAAAGGCUGCAAUUUGGUACGUUACAGGUCUGAUAUCAAAUUCAGACCAAACCGAUACGUCAAGUCUGCUAAUUGAUUUAAACGCAGUUUUUUCUGGAUUAGGUGACAUUCCUAUUCAUAAGUCCCUGUUAGAGUAUUUUUUAAAGGGACUUGGAAAUAACUCUGCAAUAUGUACAGUCAUGAAAGACUGCAGCAAUAUGUCAGGAGAAUAUCCGUUCCUUCAAAGUGUUGUUUGGACGGAAGGAUAUUUAUCAAAGACGCUAGAGGGUAAUCCGUUGGCUUUGGAUGUACCCAUUGAAAUGUUGCAUGAAGGAGAAUCAUAUAUGGCGAUAGAACAAUCGACAGAAUCUUAUAAAACUAGCAUGCUCAACCUCAUGAAUCUCUCCGCAAAAGCAUCCGUGUCUGGGCUGUUACUUUUAUAUUCUCUAGUAGUGAAGAAAUACUAUUUACCACGAUACCGAGGCAUGCUUAAUGACAUAGAAAGGAGUCGUGCUGCAAUUCUUUUAGAGCACUUCCAGAAACAUCAGCAUUCCGUUGAGCAACAGACCUUGAUGGAGUGUGCACUGGGAAAACGUGAUUUUCUGGUUAGUCACUUUAUGCAUGGAGAAGAGUCUUCCUUCCAGCAGUACUUGCUGAAUUCCAUCUUUGUGUCCUGUUUUGCACGUUCUCUUUGCUGUUGUGAAGAAACAGAGGGACAACCCUUGUCAUAUUUGAAACGGUGCCUUUUGAAACCUCUGCAGUUAAAAAGUUGUUUCUUACCUGGUUUCCCCGACAGGACAAACACGGCCUUAUUUGAAAUGAAAAAAACUGUCAUUAAAGAAGGCUCAGUUUUUGCGAUGUGUGCGUGUAACAGGCGGUUGCUAUAUCGUACGCAAGAAACAACAUUGAUAUGUUUUGUUUGCAGGAAAGAAAUUCCGCAUGAAAAUACAGAAGUAAACGUCCUAUGUAAGACGUCACAUCAUGUUCCUUCUCCAGGUUUAAGGUACAAACCACACAUGGUAGAAAUGCAGAAGAAAGUGAGAAAACUAUCAGACUUUUCUUCCAAUGUUCUACAGCUAAUCGUGAAAGGAUGUUUGCUUGGAUCAGUAGCACUUGGAAUAUCAAACGAUGCGGACUUGGAAGAAUUAAUUUCUGACACGUCGUCAGAAAUUAACGUAAGCAGUCGAAUAGAAAUAGAAAUAUACAACCAUUGGAAGAAGUUAAAAGAAAUGAUGAAUAUGGAUGAUCAUGACGUUGCAAUGUUUUUGCAUUCAAUAUUGAUUCAAGGUAGACAGCUUCUUUUUGAAGAACGAAAUGCGUUUGUAAAUGCUACUGACAGAGAGCUUUGGGAAAAUAAAUUUGAAACAGUCAUUUCAGACUUACUUGAUGAUCGUAUUCACACUAUUCAGCACAGUAUUAUCAGCUGUAACAGUCUAUAUAACUUACCAGAUGAUUUGAUAGAAGUUGUUAUACGUGAAGCGAAUGAUUUGCAAAUUACCUCAAAGCAAACUCAGCACGAGCAACUACCUAGUCUUUUCAAAAUAUCAGUUAAACCUUCGAAAACUGAUUUUCUAUGCCAGCUGUGGCGUUAUAGGAAGACAUAUCCAUUCUUGGCCAUAUUUCUUAAGCAAGAGACCCAGCUCAAGCUUCUUAAACAUAUACACCAUAUUCUUCAAUGGCAUAUGGUAACUGUUGUAAACGCAAAUUACUCUUUCAAACGGAAUGACUGUUUGAAUAUGACAGUUCGGGAAUUCCAUAAUAGUCUCACAGAUCAAAACAAACGGAAAAGGAGUACGAGAAAAUUUGAAAACUUCAGAAGUUCUUGGAGUACUGUUAAGAAGGCAUUGGAAAAAAGUGAGGGGUUUGAAACGCUUUUACACAUAAAUUUUGACACAAAAAUGAAUGACUGUUUGAUACUUGACACUCACUGCGAUAUUUAUAAAGUUUUGUCUUUUUUGAUAAACACACAGAACGACUUCAUUGAUACGGCUUUGCAGCUUUCGUUUUCCUGUAAAAACCUUCAGUUCCUUCUUCGGGAUUCUGAUACAGCCUGUUUUAAGUGUGUACCGGUGACAGAACUAGAGAUGGACAAUCUUAUAGAUGCCAGCUUCAAUUGGGAAGAGACUCUUGCACAAGAGUCGAACAGUGGUUUAGGGUAUGGACUUGGAAAACAAGUACACUAUGACUUCUGUAAUAUCGAGAAGGAACUGUCAGUUGACUUACUCGUUCGCAAGGCAUAUAUAAACUUAGAAGCUCUUCCAAAGAUUGUUUUCACUGACGAGUUAUACCGGAAUUUCGUUACCCUCCUUGCAGAUGUUCAUCAUUCCAUACCUCAAGAAUCACUCCCUAAUGACCUAGAAGUGUCAUUUAUGAAAACAAAUAAAGACAUUGCAAACAUGUCUCUAGAACUUAUCAAUUAUCUUGAUAUGAUUCUGACACUAAUAAAGAAAGUGAAAUGUGAUAAAGAAAAAUCCUUGUCAGAGUUUGUGAAAGAGCGUAUUAACAUUUUAGGUCAAUUUCCUUCGCAUUACCUACCCAGUCCAGAAAACAGAGUGAAAAUCUGCCAUAUAAUCUCCUUACACGAGUUGUUAGAAGAACUGAGUGUAGAUCGCAUCAUUGGGAGCUUAGGCGAAGCAUAUAACACUGACUUAGGAGCAGAUAUAGAAGACCAUUUUGCGAAAAUGGCUAUUGCAAGCUUAAGAAAAUCAGAAUGUGUGUUGAAGACAAUUAAAAGAUUUAUAUACAGAUGUAUCUUCAUGGGCAAUACGGACCCGGAACAACCACUGUUACAGUUUCUCUGUCAUGGAUCGUUUUGGUCAGUGUCUGUAUUUAAGGACGGCAAGUUAAAAAUAGAUGAUAAAGAAGAAGAUAUUAAAGACAUUAUUCUUCCUGAUGUCCUUGUCUGCCAUGUUGUAUCAUUGGUUUCUCUAUUGCAUGAAUGCAUAGAGACACAAAAGCAAGGUGAACUGCGAAUGGACCAUGUAAUUACAAGUUGGAAAAGUAAAGGUGAAACUUCAACAAAAGUAACACGUCAGAGGAAAGCUGUAAAAAAACUGCGAAAAACUUAGUCUGAUUCGUCUAUCGAAUGUCUUGAAGUGGACGGUGCAGGUAGACAGAAACGCUGAAGAAUACUUGAGAGGCUUAUUUAGGCUAAUCACUAUCUAUACAAUAAAAGGGACUACGUUUAUUAAAUAAUUGUGUUUUACAUACAUGGUUACAUGUAUUUUAUAAGUUCAGAACAUGCAUACAUCAGCAGAAGUUAAUGUCAGUUUUGUGAAAAAUUGUAUAUAGUUCUAAAUUAAUAUUCUUUGUAUAUGGGCUGUUCCAUUAGUGACAUGAUGUAAUUAUUGCACAAUUAAUCGUUUAAAAUACUGGAAUAUCAUGGUUUUUGCUUGUGCUCAUGCAGAAACUAGAAAGUAGUAUAUUUUAAAUCAGUUAUCAAAGACAAAUCAGAUUCUACCACACUGAUAGAACAAAUAAAUGUUGUUUGAGUUGUCAUGGCAACAGAAAUUCUAAAGCAGCCAUGCACCUUGAGAAUAUAGAGGUGAAAAGAUAAAAAGGUCCGUGAUGAAACCAAAAACAUACACGAUAAAGUUAUUUUUCAGUACAAACAUUUCGAAUUGUUUCAAAAUAUUCAGAUGUAUUGUAAUUAGUUAGUGAUACGCAUAAUUUGUCCGAAAAAUUGUUGAAAAAGACGUUAAACCCGAACACGCACACACAUAAAUGACAUGAAAAAUACACACCAUGCAGGACAACUUCAUAAUGCCUUCGAUUGCUUUCUUAACCUCGCGUCUUUAAAUGCCUUCGUUGACUUACUUAAUAGCGCUGUAAGUCCUGAAAAAGUAAAGACACGUUCUUCAAAUUUUCAGAUUCGAAAGAUAAAAGAAUAUUCUUAGUAAAAUAUUUCGUGUGAAUAUUUUGUUUUCUCAAUUUUGAUUUUUUUUUUUGUCACUCAUACAGGUUUUGUUGUUAUGGAACUGCCAAUACGUUUGCUGUGUAAUUGUAGUUUAUUCGUUAAUUUAUAGUUUGCUUUGAAUGGUCAAGAACUUUGCAUCUUCACAUAUUUAGUAGAGUUCAGUAUUGCACAUAGAGCUUAGAGUAGAUCUUUGUUCAUGUUUCCGCAUAUGAACAUGAUAUAUUUCAUGAUUAAUUUUAUUAUUCCUGUAUAUAGAUAAUUGGCCGAUUAGUACGUCAAAAGUAUAUAUUCCUGUCCUUUGAUGCAAUGUAGAUUAUAGAUUUAUAGAUGUAAAUACCAAUGGCAGAAGAAGAACAAUCUGAUCUUGUCUCACUGAUUAUCCUCCAGCUGUCAGUUCAGCAGGUGGUUGACAAUUCCUAAAAUCUGUGCUCUGGCUGACAGAAAUUAGCAACAUGUUGAUUGAAUUAAAAUGCAUAUUUAUAUAUACUUUAUGUACAUCAAGUUGUUCUGUAGAUCAAUAUUAAUUUUACUUGAAAGCUCCUACUGUGUUUUUAUUAUCUGUUUAUUUAUGUAAGGUUUUAGAGACUUGGUUACGUUAUUGUUUUAUUGAAAACAUGCACUGAGGUAUGUACAUACAUUGACUUGUAGAAUUCUGACAUUUGAAUUUUGUAUACAUCUAUUAUGUUUUUAUACCGUAGAAUUAGAUUUUAUCCCAUAUAAUUCAUUCUUGCUUUCAUAUUUGUUUUUAAAACAUCUAAACCGCAGAAACAUUCCAAGUGUAAUAUUCUCACAUUAUUUCAUAUCUAUUGUAUUUAUAAUAUUAUGUCGCUGAUUUUGGAGCGAAAUAUAUUUAAUGUGACCAUGUUUGAAAUGUGUAUCUUUGAAAGAUAGAACUCCACUGUCUUGUUUGGUGGGGAAGUCGUAAAACUAUGCAAUAACCUAAAGAAAUAUAUCUGGAUCAAAUAAUUAAGUAUUUAUCUCUUGUUUCCUGUGAUAUUAUAAAUUGCAUAUGUCUGAAUAAACAGUCACUUUCACCAUAAAUAAAAAGCAUGUUAUAAUUUGUUUACCAAAUGCAUUCUGGUAGAAUUUAUUUGAAAACAAUCCAGGUUUUAAACAAGAAUGAAUUUAAUAUCUGAAAAUGAGUACCAAUGACAUGAAUUGUUAAAGAUGAGGUAUGACUGACUUUUUUACAUAUAUGUGUUUGUAAAUACAUUGAUAUUGUCUGUAGUGUUAAUAUUUUAGUGUGUAGAUAUGUAAAAUAACUGUAUAAAACUUGUCAAUAUCUUAACUUUCAUUAGUACAAAGUAUCUUGUAUGUCUUUAAAGGGAGACUGUUUUGCAUAUUCAAAUGUUUUGUUUAUGUAUGUACAUUAACGUUUGUUGAUUAUAAACCAAAAAUGUGUGCAUGUAUAUAUAUAGAAAGAAAAUGUAGAGCUAUUGCACUCGCCCCGGCGUCGGCGUCGCCGUUGGUUAAAGUUUUUGAUAAAGUCAAAUAUCUCUGUUACUAUCAAAGCUAUUGACUUGAAACUUAAAAUAGAUAUUUACUAUCAAUGUCUACACCGGGAGAAACAAUCCCCAUAACUCUGAUUUGAAUUUUGACAGAAUUAUGCCCCUUUUUAACUUAGAAUCUUUUGUUUAAGGUUUUUGAUAAAGUCAAAUAUCUCUGUUACUGUCAAAGCUAUUGACUUGAAACUUAAAAUAGUUAUUUACCGUCAAAGUCUACACCAAGAGAAACAAUCCCCACAACUCUGAUUGAAUUUUGACAGAAUUAUGCCCCUUUUUAACUUAGAAUUUUUUGUUAAAAAUUUUGAUAAAGUAAAAUAUCUCUGUUACUAUUAAAGCUUUUGACUUGAAACUCAAAAUAGUUAUUUACUAUCCAAGUCUACACCAGGAGACACAAUUUCCAUAACUCUGAUUUGAAUUUUGACAGAAUUAUGCCCCUUUUUAACUUGGAAUUUUUUUACUGGCAUAGCUCUAAUUCAGAGUCAAGCACUGAGAAAAGUCGAGCGCGCUGUCUUACGGACAGCUCUUGUUUAAUGAAAAUACCCAUGAAUUUUCAUUUUCUGAAUAGAAUUACCUGCAACUAAAGGGUUAAUUCUUUAAUUUUAUUAUUAUUUUAUUACAAAAGUUUAUAAAAAAUGUGACUAAAUAUUUUUCUUUAAAUUUUCAAUAUCUAUGAAAUACAUAACGGAAAUACUGAAUUAUAUGAAUAACUUAAACUUGAAAUAUGAUUUUUUCGAAAUGAAAAAUGAGUUUUACAUACAUGUAGAAGGAUGUUUAACGGGAGUGAUGACACCAAAGUAAUAACUACAAAAUUACAAUUUAUGUAGAUGCUGUAUUAUCACAGGGAUCUAAAAAAAAUUAUUAUUUCUUAUAUAGCUGUAUUCCGUUUUAAAAUUGUUCUAAUUAUUUCAACACGUAAAAUGUUAUCCAUCUCUAACUUACUAUGACGUCAAGCGUUUAAGAACCGUGUCAUUUUUCCAAAAUAUUUAAAUAUAUAUAAAAUUUAGCUUGAUAUUCUAAUCAAGCAGUUUCAGUAUUUCCGUGCAUUUUAGAUAUUGUUCCCACAAGAACAUAGUUAUAAGUAGCAGGAGAAGCUGCAUAUUCUACUUCAUGCGGGAUCAAGUUAGCAACAAAUAUUCUUCAUGAACAAAUUUUUAUUAUAACUUUUUAGCUCACCAGAGCACGAAGUGAUCAAGUGAGCUAUUGUGACCGGUCAUUGUCCGGCGUCCGUCAGCGUGUGUCAUCCGUCGUGCGUCGUCCGUUAAAAUUUGCCUUGUGAACACUCCAGAGGCCACAUUUGUGACCCAAUCUCUAUGAAACCUGGUCAGAAUCUUAGUCCUGAUGAUCACUUGAUCAAGUUUGAAACUGGGUCAUGUGGUGUCAAAAACUAUAUCAGUAGGCCAUAUCAAAGGAAAAGCUUGUUGUUGUUGUUUUGGGUUUAACGCCGUUUUUCAACAGUAAUUCAGUCAUGUAACCUAACCAGUAUUCAUGGAUUCUGAACCAGUACAAACUUGUUCUCCGCAAGUAACUGCCAACUUCCCCACAUGAUGAAUCAGAGGUGGAGGACUAAUGAUUUCAGACACAAUGUCGUUUAUCAAAUAGUCACGGAGAACAUACGCCCCGCCCGAGGAUCGAACUCGCGACCCCGAGAUCCGUAGACCAACGGGAUCAGUAGGACAGAUCAAAGGAAACGUUUGUGAACACUCUAGAGGCCACACUUUUGGCCCAAUAUUUAUGAAACUUGGUCAGGAUGUUUUUCUUUGUGCUUUCUAGAUCGAUUUUGAAUCUGGGUCAUGUGGAAUCAAAAACUAGGUCACCCGGUUAAAUCAAAGGAAAAGCUUGUGAACACAGUUGUGACUCAAUCUUUAUGAAACUGGGUCAGAAUGUUUGUAUUAAUGAUUUCUGAAACUGGGUCAGGUGGGGUCAAAACUAGGCCACUAGGCAUUAUCAAAGGAUUAGCUUGUGAACACUCCAGUUGUGAAGCAAUCUUUAUGAAAUUCGAUCAGAUUCUUUGUCUGGAUGAUCUCUGGUCAAGUUCGAAUCUGGGUCAUGUGGGGUCAAAAACUAGGUCACCCGGUCAAAUCAAAGGAAAAGCUUGUGAACACAGUUGUGACCCAAUCUUUAUGAAAUUCGGUCAGAAUGUUUGCCUUGAUGAUUUCUAGGUCAGUAUUGAAUCUGGAUUUUGUAGGGUCAAAUACUAGGUCAGUAGGCCAGAUCAAGGGAAAAGCUUGUGAGCACUCUAGAGGCCACAGUUGUGACCCAGUAUUUAUGAAACUUUGUCAAAAUGUUUGCCUUGAGGAUCUAUAGCUUAAUUUUGAAACUGGGCCACACUCAAUCUUUAUGAAACUUGGUCAGACUGUUUGUCUUUAUGGUCUCUAGGUAAAGGGUUAAUCUGGAUCAUUUGGGGUCAAAAACUAGGUAACAUAGUCAAAUCAAAGGAAAAGUUUGUUAACAAUCUAAAGGCAACAGUUGUGGCUCAAUCCGUAUGAAUCUUGAUCAGAAUGUUUGUCUUGGUGAUCCCUAGGUUAAAUUAGAAACUGGCUCAUGUGGGGUAAAAAAACUAAGUCAGUAGGCCAGAUAUAGGGUCAUCAUAGCCCUCUUGUUAUUUUUAUGAUAUAUAGCGUUUGAAUUGUAUACUGAUAUGUAUUUUAAACAUUUUGAAUUUUAAUAAAAUGUUAAAAUGCAUUUUUAAAUAACAAAUAUAAUAUAGCGUUUAAAUUGUAUGUUGAUAUGUAUUUUAAACAUUUUGAAUUUUAAUAAAAAUGUUAAAAUGCAAUUUUAAAUUACACUUUGUCUUGUUAGACAAACUGAAAGCACUGUUCCUAAUAUAUAUAAAUUGAGCUAUGUUUUGUUUUAAAUUUCAACAUGUACUUAAGUGUAGCUUGCAUAUCGUAUGAUUUAUUUUGACUUGUUUAUGUUGCAUAUAGCAUAGUCAUGUGCAAUAUUUUCAGGACUGAUUAAUUUCACUUAAGUAUAUUAGAAAGGAGAGACAUACAUUCGGCUCAUCUCAUGUGUGUGUAUAUAUAUAUGACACUUAUGUUACCCAUAAGCUGAUGUUCAAACAAAUGACGUUUAUACGGUAGGUCAUCGGUGUUCUUUAUACAUAUGCAUGAAACAAUAAAGAUUGAAAACUA